GCAAGCUGUGGGCGUCUCGGAGCCGCCGCUGCCCGCCGUGGUCCUUGCCAUCCUGGCCCGCAAUGCCGAGCACUCACUGCCCCACUACCUGGGCGCCCUGGAGCGGCUGGACUACCCCCGGGCCAGGCUGGCCCUCUGGAGCAGUACCACCGAAAACCUGAGGUCCUGGAGAAACCCCUUGCCUCUCUCCGUCAUGGGAGCCCCUUCUGCAAAGAGGAGGAGGGGUCCUGCUCUGUGGCAGUGGAGCUUGGGCUCAUCAGCGCUUCUCCUGGAGGCUCACAGUGUGCUCUGGUUCUUACCACAACUUGCAAUGGAAGGAAGGAGCAGCUCCUCUCUCCAGUCCCGACUCAGACAGGAGAGGGGGCUGACCUGUCACACAGGGAAGAUAACCAGGGAAUACGGCAGGGUGUUUAAAGUGUGCCACGGACCACAACGUGGACACCACCACCAAGAUGCUGCAGGAGUGGCUGGCGGCUGUGGGUGAUGACUAUGCAGCUGUGGUCUGGAGGCCCGAGGGGGAGCCUAGGUCCUACCCAGACGAAGAGGGUCCCAAGCACUGGACCAAAGAAAGGCACCAGUUUCUGAUGGAAUUGAAACAGGAAGCCCUGACCUUUGCCAGAGACUGGGGGGCUGAUUAUAUCCUGUUUGCAGAUACAGACAACAUUCUGACCAACAACCAGACACUGCGGCUUCUGGUAGAGCAGGGGCUGCCCGUGGUGGCCCCAAUGCUGGAUUCCCAGACCUACUACUCCAAUUUCUGGUGUGGGAUCACCCCCCAGGGUUACUACCGCCGCACAGCUGAGUACUUCCCCACCAAGAACCGCCAGCGCCGGGGCUGCUUCCGUGUCCCCAUGGUCCAUUCCACCUUCCUGGUAUCCUUGCGGGCUGAGGGGGCAGCCCAGCUUGCCUUCUACCCCCCUCACCCUAACUACACCUGGCCCUUCGAUGAUAUCAUUGUCUUCGCCUAUGCCUGUCAGGCUGCUGGGGUCUCAGUCCACGUAUGCAACGAGCACCGUUAUGGGUACAUGAACGUGCCCGUGAAAUCCCACCAGGGGCUGGAGGAUGAGAGGGUCAACUUCAUUCAUCUGAUCCUGGAAGCUCUAGUGGAUGGCCCCCCCAUGUGGGCCUCGGCUCAUGUGUCCCGGCCCCCAAAGAAGCCCAGCAGGAUGGGGUUUGAUGAGGUCUUUGUCAUCAGCCUGGCCCGCCGGCCCGACCGCCGAGCACGCAUGCUGAGCUCACUCUGGGAGAUGGAGAUUUCCGGGCGGGUAGUGGAUGGCGUGGACGGCCGGAUGCUCAACAGCAGUGUCAUGAGGAGCCUCGGCGUGGACCUGCUCCCCGGGUACCAGGACCCCUACUCGGGCCGCACGCUGACCAAGGGCGAGGUGGGCUGCUUCCUCAGCCACUACAACAUCUGGGAGGAGGUGGCUGCCAGGGGCCUGGCCCAGGUCGUGGUGUUUGAGGAUGAUGUGCGCUUUGAGAGCAACUUUAGGAGGCGGCUGGAGCGGCUGAUGGAAGAGGUGGAAGCAGAGAAACUUCCAUGGGACCUGAUCUACCUCGGCCGGAAGCAGGUGAAUCCUGAAGAGGAAGAGGCCGUGGAGGGGCUGCCACACCUGGUGGUGGCUGGAUACUCCUACUGGACACUGGCAUAUGUCCUGAGCUUGACAGGUGCCCGCAAGCUGCUAGCCUCCCAGCCCCUGCACCGAAUGCUGCCUGUGGAUGAGUUCCUGCCCAUCAUGUUUGACCAGCACCCCAACGAGCAGUACAAGGCACACUUCUGGCCCAGGGACCUGCGGGCCUUUUCAGCCCGGCCCCUGCUUGCUGCCCCCACCCACUAUGCGGGUGAUGCUGAGUGGCUCAGCGACACAGAGACGUCCUCGCCCUGGGAUGACGACAGCGGCCGCCUCAUCAGCUGGAGUGGCUCUCACAAGACCCUACGUGGACCCCGCCUGGACCUGGCCAGCAGCAGUGGGCACAGCCUCCAUCCUCACCCCCGGAAUGAGCUCUAGGACCAGGUGCUGAUUCCAGAGUUGUGCCCAUGAGCAGGCGCAGCCAGCCAGGGAGCAGAGCUGGGGAUCGCUGGCAGGAGCUGCCACCAGGAGCCAGCAGAGACCGGGCUACCACCUCAGGCAUGGCCACUCCGGGUUACCUGGGGAGAAACCACUCAGAGACGGGUCCCCUUCCCCAAAGGUCACAAAGCAAAAAGGAAGGGCUCACAGGUCCUUUUAAACUUCCUGGCCUGACUCAGGGCCUGGGGGCUGGGAAGGAAGGAGGCUUCCAGCCUUCGGUUUCAAGCUGUGCAGACAUUCGGAGCCCCGCCCUCCCUGAGGACCCAGCUGCUGGGGCCCCUCUGCCCCCUUCUACCUCCACCUCAGCCCUCUCCCCAGCUUGACGCCUGGGUCUCACCUGCCUGGGCCCGCCCAGGGCAACACGGAGUGCAAGGAGGUGGGAGGAGGACCCUUGCAGGCCUGGUGCCCGGCGCACAGUAGGUCCUCAAUAAAAGUUGGCUGUACUUUAUACUUUUAAACUCA